CCCUUUUCAACCAAGAUCCUUCUCCUCUAUUAGAUCCACCCGGUCUCUCCCUUAAAUUCUUCCUCACGCACUCUGAACCGGAUACACGCACCACCACAUUUUUCAGCAUGGUUGUCAAUGCUGUGCCCAUGAAAAGGAUAAAGAGAAGAGUAACAGUUGAUCUCUAUGACUUCUUGACGUUCCCUUCCACUUCCUCUUCCUUUGGAUUUGGUAGUACCACGCCAUUUCGUGCCAACAUUAGGUCUUUUUUAACGAAGUACGCACUCUUGCCGCCUCUUUCGUCGCUUUUCCCUCACAUGAUGAUUUGGCAAAUCGUCUUCAGAGUCGAUGACGUGACCGACAACUUUGAUCCCUCUUCCUCCGUGGUCUGUCUAGACGUGGUGGAGGAGGAUGUCGCUAGAUCUAGAUCCGUCUACUGUGACCAGUGCCGAGUUGUUGGGUGGAGUGAACAUCCAGUAUGUUCUAAACGCUACCACUUCAUCAUAAAAGUGGACGGUAAUUCCAUCGGUGGCUACCAUAAACCAUGUGUGCGUUGUGGAGAUAUCCUACAUUUAUCGGAAUUAAGGUGUAAGUCAUGCAACUAUGUGACAACUACAGAUGAUGUAGAGGAUUGGGUGUAUCACCAAUUAGAGGACACCACUCAUCUUUUACAUGGUGUAAUCCAUUCUAAUGGUUACGGUCACCUUCUUAGGGUCAAUGGCAGGGAAGGGGGUUCAAGGGUCCUUUCAGGAUGCCAUAUCAUGGACUUUUGGGAUCGACUAUGUAAAACCCUUGGUGUCAGGAAGGUAAGUGUGACAGAUGUGUCAAAGAAGUAUGGGUUGGAAUACCGGCUACUUCAUGCCAUUACCAAAGGCCAUCCAUGGUAUGGGGAUUGGGGUUAUGAAUUUGGUGCUGGUAGUUUUGCCCUGACAUUUGAUGCAUAUAGAUCUGCUAUUGAGACUCUUUCUAGCCUUCCAUUAUCCAUGUUUCUACCGGAAGGAUCGAAACCUAGUACUCGACUUCAGGAUGUUAUCUCAUUUUAUCGGUCUUUAUCGAAGUGUGAGCUUCUAAAUAUAAAAGAUGUCUUUUGUUUUCUGAUAAGGUUGAUCCAUGAUGCCCAUAAGUCUUCCUUAAGGGUUGGGGAUGCUACCUUCAAGAAACAACGUGCUUCAGGUGUUCUAUCAUGGAGUAGAGUUGAUGUUGUACGAGUUGAAGAGGCAAUGUUUAGAGUACUUCGUGCGGUAUCUGGUUCAAACUGGGUAAGUUCUCGUGCUCUUAGGGGAGCUGUCUGUAGAGUGGCUCCUCCAACACUCCUCGAUCAUUGCCUCAUGGAACUUAAUGGGAAAUUGGCCGUAGAAGGAAUGGUUGUUAAGGCAAGACACAAUCCUAAUUCUGGUUGUCUCGAGUAUAGACUUGAGCCUCAAAAUGUUUCCAUCACCACCAAUUGCAAUGAUAAUUGUGUUCCUAAUUUUCCUCCAUCUAAGGAAAUUCUUAAGCAAGAUCUUAAAUUAUUGUAUGAAUCCAUACUUCAUCCUCAAACCAUGUCGACCUGCCUUCCCGAUGCAAUAAGAAAUCUUACCAUCAGCUCAGCUGAGAAGCUCCUUGACUGCAAGCAAUUUGUGAAACAUUACAAUAAUGAAAAAUUAUCAAGUGGGAAUGAAGAUGUAAUUUGCAUCUCAUGUGAGUUGGAGCUAAUGGAUCAACAUAAAGAAAUCACUCCGGAUCCACCUGCAGAAUUAGUAGUGUUACCCAUAAAUGCUAUUGUAUUAGACCUUAAGAUCGAAGCUUCGAAGGCUUUUCAAGAAGUAUACUUGGCAUUCAGAAGAUUCCAAGCUGAAGAGUUGCUUGGUUAUACUGGUGUGGAGGAUUCCACCCAGGUCAAGUUAUUGUUGGGGUCAACAGGAUCUGUUCGAGUUCGAGGGAGAUGCUUGGGAAAAAACGGGCUUAGUAAAUAUAGGUUGGAAAGGGGGGUCGAGAGGUGGACAGUGGAUUGCACAUGUGGAGCUAAGGAUGAUGAUGGGGAAAGGAUGUUGGCGUGUGAUGUUUGUGGGGUGUGGCUGCACACAAGAUGUUUCGGAAUUAACGAAUCUGAUGCAGUGCCUGCCAAGUUUGUUUGCAGUAGAUGCAAAGAAUCGCUACAGAUGACUCUCUGUUGUACAGUGUAAGAAUGAGAGUGGAAGCUUUGGAAAUUGCUUGGCAACUUCUUAUGACGUUCGUUGAAAUCAGGGGAUAUUUUUGGUGUUUAAAGGGAGGUUUUAUCAAUGUGUACAUAAAUAGUAACUGGCUUAAAGUCGCCAAGGCAGUUAUUUGUUUCUUUGUAUAUAAUUUUGCUAAGUUGAUUUAAUUUAAAGAAGGAAAAAAGGGGUAGCAUAUGAGGAA